AUGAAAAUACCGGAGACUUCUGCUAACGUUGGCGCUUAUUACGGCAAUGAGGAGAAUGGACACUGGCAGCCAAACGGCGUUAUAAUAGACAGCGGUGUCGGCGGCGGCGUUGUUGGUAGCGGUGACGCCGGCAUACAUCGCCCGCCCGUCUACCCCGUACAUAUACCGCGCGCACAUAUGCCUGGCUACGUAAUGGCAGGCGCAUACUACCCCCCCGCGGCGUAUCCGCCCGUGCCAGCCCAGCCACAACCAGACGACUUCGCGGACUAUAUGUGGAUGGAAAACGAAGAGGAGUUUGACAAACAGGUGAUGCAACAGCUUGAAGAGGAGGCACUAAUGGAGCAAUGUAUAGAAGCCAUGUUGGAAGAUGAGCAGAGAGAGAGGCAUAACCGACCCACCGCCAAUGGCCAUAAUCAUCAGCACUAUCCUACAACAAGUAAUGGAGCGCCGUCCCUGUCGCUAGAAGAGACAGUAUCUCGGUCGACGCUGAACCCUCUCGCCGCCGAGUUCGUGCCCACGAGACCGCUGCCCACCGCUACAGAAGAAAAACAAGUCCCCACCCAAGAAGUCCCCCCCAGCGCCCCCGUACAAGCGGAGUCCCCCAGCGUCGCCACAGACGAGUGUCCGGUCACACACACACACACUACUGCAGACGAUGUCACACACGAUAACACAGAGGAAACACAACAGCCACAGAAGGAAACGCCAGAAGUGAGCGCAACGGAAUCCAUAGACAAGACACAGGACAAACGACCCAAAGACAAGAAGGAUUCCAAAUCCAAAGUAGAUUUAAAGAAGACGGUCAAACCGGAAGUCAAGAGCAAGGUGCAAAGUAAACCACAGACGGCCAAAUCGGAAACAAAGGUCGCGCCGAAGAAGAAAGAAGUUAAGAGCGUCAAGAGUGAGAUCAAAGUGGACGAGAAGAGUGAAGACAGCGAGGUCAAGCAACCCCAACCGGCCCCCUUAGAAGAAGCGCAAGCGACAUCUGGCUUCAAACCAAUAAACUACGCGGCCGCCGCGAAAGCGAACAAACCCAAGAAACCACCGACAACCACACCAGUAACCACACCCACAGAAAAACCACUACCCAAGGUAGAAAAACCAAAAGCAACCGAAAAAGUUGAGAAAAAGGAGAGACCGAAGUCAGAAAAAGUAAAUGUUCAAAGAAAAAACUCUGCUAAGUAA